AUGUUUAAGAAAGAUAUUCCGCCGAGCAAUCGCUCCAAGGUCAAGUCCUCCGUGCAGCGAGGCUUGCGCCAGAAGCUGCUGGACACAUACCCCGGCUACGAGCCCUUUAUCGAAGAGAUCAUGCCCAAAAAAGCCUCCCUCGAAGUUGUGAAGCUACCUGACCGCGUCACCCUGUACACAAUCGACACAACACCCCUCUUCUUCCAGCCCAUGGACGGGCCUCCAAUUCCGCACCUCCGCCUCGUCCACCAGUACCCCUCCGCUAUCCCCACAGUGCAGAUCGACCGCGGCGCGAUCCGCUUCGUGCUCUCGGGCGCUGCGCUCAUGGCACCGGGUCUGACGUCGCCAGGCGGCAGACUCCCGGACGCGGAGCACGCGAUCGAGGCCGGGCAGGUCGUUGCUGUGAAGGCCGAGGGGAAGGAGGAGGUGUGCCUUAUUGGGGUGCUGAAGGUUGGCACAGAGGAGAUCAAGAGUAAGGGGAAGGGGGUUGUUAUGGAUGAGGGACAUUAUCUUGGAGAUGGGCUCUGGAGGCUGCAGCUGGAUUAG